AUCAAGAUGAAGCUGACUACUAUAGUUGUUAUUUUAGGCUUAAUCAGUCUAUCUUACACUCUCACUUUCAGUGAGCAACUCAGAAAGCAACCAUGCUAUGUAAAAUCAGACUUAGAUGUUCAAGGAAACAUCAAAGCUGACUACAUGUAUGACUAUGAUUCAGUUCCAGAGGAGAAAUUGUGGAACGAUGUCGAUGGUACUAACUAUCUCACUGUGGUCAAGAACCAACACCUCCCUCAGUACUGCGGAUCUUGUUGGGCUCAAUGCGUAGCUAGUUCACUAUCUGACAGAAUUAAGAUCAUGAGAAAGGGAGCUUGGCCAGACGUCAACAUUGCUCCACAAGUCUUUGUAUCCUGCUCAAUGGAAGACAAUGGGUGUCAUGGUGGAGAUAUGAUUACUGCUUUCCAAUUUGGAAACGAGAACGAACUUACUGACGAGACUUGCUCUAUCUAUCAUGCAAGAGGUCACGAUAAUGGGUAUGAGUGUGCUCCAGUCGUCAAAUGUAGAAACUGCAACCCUUACGACGACUGCUUUAUCCCAGAUACCUAUAAAACUUACAAAGUUGCUCAAUUCGGAAGAAUUUCAGGUGAGAAGGACAUGAUGGCUGAGAUUUCCCAGAAUGGACCAAUCACUUGUGCCAUCGAUGCUACUGAUGAACUUUACUACAACUACACUGGAGGUAUCUUCGAAGACAAGACCGGCGCUUCUGACCUUAACCACGGAAUCUCUGUCGUUGGAUACGGAGUCGAAGAUGGUGUUAAAUAUUGGCAUGUUAGAAACUCAUGGGGAGAGACCUGGGGAGAGAAAGGAUUCUUCAAAGUUGUCAGAGGUGUAAACAACAUUGGUAUAGAGAGUGAUUGUGCUUUUGGAAUUCCUGAAGAUACCUGGACUGAUCAAGCUUAUCACACUACCACUGAUGAAGAAAGGAAAGAUCCUAGAAAUGAUUAUACCAAUGGACCUUAUCCAACUAAAAAGGUAGAAAAAUUGAUCAAAGAAAAAGAAUACACUCAUAGUUGCUACAUUGAAGGUGAAUGGACUGAGGAAGAGAGAAACUUUGUCCCAGAACAAAUCCAAGAGAUGAAUGAUGAAGUACCAGAAGCCAUUGACUGGAGAAACUACGAAGGAAAGAACUAUCUCUCCUGGAACAAGAACCAACACAUCCCAAUUUACUGCGGAUCAUGCUGGGCUGAAGGAAGUACCUCAGCUUUGGCUGAUAGAUUCAAUAUCUACAAUUGGUUAACUCUAGGAAAGACCAGUGAGCCUCAGCUUUCUCUCUCUGCCCAAGCAAUUGUUAACUGCCAUGCAGGAGGAGACUGCAGUGGAGGAUUCCAUGGACAAGUUUACAGAUAUGCCCAACAAAAUGGUAUUCCUCACGGAUCUUGCGAGCAAUACAUUGCUCACAAUGCUGAUGAUAUCUGCUCUGCAUUCAAUGUAUGCAGAGAAUGCGUUGGACCAGCUCCCCCAGCUGACGAGACAGGAUUUGACAAAUGUUGGCCUGUCGAGAACUACAACCGCUACAAAUCUAAGAAAGUAAGAAGCUUCAGUGGAGCUCAAGCUAUGAAAGAAGAAAUUGCUACUUUCGGACCAAUCAGUUGCGGAAUUGACUCCACCGAAGCUUUCCACAAUUAUAAGGGAGGAAUCUUCGAAGAGAAAGGACAAACUUCAAUCAACCACAUCAUUUCCCUCGUUGGUUAUGGAGUUGACCAAGAAACAGGAACUGAGUACUGGAUUGGUAGAAACUCAUGGGGAACUUACUGGGGAGAAGGUGGCUUCUUCAGAAUCAAAAUGCAUUCAGACAACAACGCCAUUGAAAGAGACUGUGCUGCUGGAUAUCCAGAUGUUGAAGAAGACUACAGUCAAAUCUUUGAGUAA